GACAAUUAAGAAAAAUAGUUUGUUGAUGAAAACAAAUCAUGGAUCCACUAUUUCUUGCAUACAGCUAUUUUAGGCGAAGAAAGUAUCAAAAAUGUGUUGAUAUUUGUACACAACUUCUCGAGAAGAACCCAUAUGAUCAGGCCUCAUGGACGUUGAAGACACGGGCACUCACAGGCCAGGUGUAUGUGGACGAGGUGGAUGUGGAUGAGGAGGGGAUUGCUGAGAUGCUGAUGGAUGACAAUGUUAUAGCAAGUGUUGCUCGUCCAGGGACGUCGCUACGUGGAGUCAAACCAGGCACUGGUCAGGGAGCUCCAAGCCAGGGUGUCAGGCCGAUGAGCCAGUCUGGUCGUCCUCUGAGUGGAUUUGUCCGCCCUGGUACACAAUCAGGUCGACCUGGCACCAUGGAACAGGCCAUUCGAACCCCUCGUACAGCUCACACUGCCAGACCUGUAACAAGUGCAUCGGGAAGAUAUGUCAGACUUGGAACGGCAUCCAUGCUGUCCAAUGCUGAUGGUCCGUUCAUCAACCUGGCCAGACUGAACUUCAACAAGUAUGCAGCAAGACAAAACUUGGCCAAGGCUCUCUUUGAAUAUAUAUUUCAUCAUGAAAAUGAUGUGAGAAAUGCCCUGGAGCUGGCUGCUCUGGCCACGGAGUCCUGUCAGUACAAGGACUGGUGGUGGAAGGUCCAGCUGGCCAAGUGUUACUACAGACUGGGAAUGUAUCGAGAUGCAGAGAAACAGUUGAAAUCAGCCUUGAAGCAGGACGAGAUGGUGGACAGCUUCCUGUACCUGAGCAAGGUGUACGUGAGACUGGAUCAGCCCCUCACUGCGGUGGAGACAUACAAGUCAGCGCUGGAGAAGUUCCCAGGAGAGCCCAGUCUCCUCACCGGCAUCGCCAGGAUUUAUGAAGGUUUGAAUGAGAUGGACAAUGCUGUGAAGUUCUACAAGGAGGUAUUACACUUCGACAACAUGCACGUUGAAGCUGUGGCCUGCAUAGGCACUCACCACUUCUACACAGACCAGCCGGAGGUGGCGCUCAAGUUCUACAGACGUUUACUUCAGAUGGGAGUAUUCAACGCAGAACUGUACAACAACCUCGGCCUGUGCUGUUUCUAUGCUCAGCAAUAUGACAUGACACUCACAUGUUUUGAGCGAGCGCUCUCAUUGGCGGAUGACCAGACUCUCGGUGAUAUUUGGUUCAACAUUGGUCAUGUGGCACUGGGUAUCGGUGACAUGAACCUGGCCUAUCAAAGUUUCCGGAUGGCCCUUGCUAGCAACAACGACCACGCUGAGGCUUAUAACAACCUGGGUGUCCUGGAGCUGAGACGAGGGCAUAUAGAACAGGCCCGGGCUUUCUUCCAAGCAGCGUUUGUUCUGGCCCCCCACAUGUACGAGCCCCACUACAACUUUGCUGCCCUAGCUGACCAGCUUGGUGACCUUCAGAGCAGCUACAACGCCGCCAAGCGAGCCGUGGACGCCUUCGCCAACCACACUGACAGCAAGGAUCUUCUCAAGCAGCUCAAGCAACACUUCUCUCUCCUGUGAUCGAAUCUCUCAUAUGUGAUCAACUCUCCCCUCCUGUAAUGUCUCUCUCCUGUGGAUGGAUGUCUAUCCUGUGAUGUCUCUCUUGUGAUGUCUCUCUCCUGGGAGCGGGUCUCUCUCCUGGGAGCGGAUGUCUCUCCUCUGAGCGGAUGUCUCUCCUGUGAGCGGAUGUCUCUCCUGUGAGUGGAUGUCUCUCCUGUGAGCAGAUGUCUCUCUUGUGAUGUCUCACCUGUGAGCGGAUGUCUCUCCUGGAAGCAGAUGUCUCUCCUGUGAGCAAAUGUCUCUCCUGUGAGUGAAUGUCUCUCCUGUGAGUGGAUGUCUCUCCUGUGAGUGGAUGUCUCUCCUGUAAGCGGGUCUCUCUCCUGGGAGCGGGUCUCUCUCCUGUGAGCGGAUGUCUCUCUUGUGAUAUCUCUCCUGUGAGCGGAUGGCUCUCCUGUGAGCGAAUGUCUCUCCUGUGAGCGGAUGUCUCUCUUGUGAUGUCUCACCUGUGAGCGGAUGUCUCUCCUGUGAGUGGAUGUCUCUCCUGUGAGUGGAUGUCUCUCCUGUGAGCGGGUCUCUCUCCUUGGAGCCGGUCUCUCUCCUGGGAGCGGAUGUCUCUCUUGUGAUGUCUCUCCUGUGGAUGGAUGUCUAUCCUGUGAUGUCUCUCUUGUGAUGUCUCUCUCCUGGGAGCGGGUCUCUCUCCUGGGAGCGGAUGUCUCUCCUCUGAGCGGAUGUCUCUCCUGUGAGCGGAUGUCUCUCCUGUGAGUGGAUGUCUCUCCUGUGAGCAGAUGUCUCUCUUGUGAUGUCUCACCUGUGAGCGGAUGUCUCUCCUGGAAGCAGAUGUCUCUCCUGUGAGCGAAUGUCUCUCCUGUGAGUGAAUGUCUCUCCUGUGAGUGGAUGUCUCUCCUGUGAGUGGAUGUCUCUCCUGUAAGCGGGUCUCUCUCCUGGGAGCGGGUCUCUCUCCUGUGAGCGGAUGUCUCUCUUGUGAUAUCUCUCCUGUGAGCGGAUGUCUCUCCUGUGAGCGAAUGUCUCUCCUGUGAGCGGAUGUCUCUCUUGUGAUGUCUCACCUGUGAGCGGAUGUCUCUCCUGUGAGUGGAUGUCUCUCCUGUGAGUGGAUGUCUCUCCUGUGAGCGGGUCUCUCUCCUUGGAGCCGGUCUCUCUCCUGGGAGCGGAUGUCUCUCUUGUGAUGUCUCUCCUGUGAGUGGAUGUCUCUCCUGUGAGCGGGUCUCUCUCCUUGGAGCCGGUCUCUCUCCUGGGAGCGGAUGUCUCUCUUGUGAUGUCUCUCCUCUGAGUGGAUGUCUCUCCUGGGAACGGGUCUCUCUCCUGGGAACGGAUGUCUCUCUUGUGAUGUCUCUUCUGUGAGUGGAUGUCUCUCCUGGGAGCGGGUCUCUCUCCUGGGAACGGAUGUCUCUCUUGUGAUAUCUCUCCUGUGAGCGGAUAUCUCUCCUGGGAGCGGGUCUCUCGCCUGGGAGCGGAUGUCUCUCUUGUGAUGUCUCUCCUGUGAAUGGAUGUCUCUCCUGUGAGCGGAUGUCUCUCCUGUGAGCGGAUGUCUCUCCUGUGAGCGGAUGUCUCUCCUGUGAGUGGAUGUCUCUCCUUUGAUGUCUCUCUCCUGGUAGCUGAUGUACCUCGAUCGCUAAAUGUCUCAAGCUGAAACGUAAUGGCUCAAUUUGACAGUUUAGACUACUGAUUCACACAGUCUUAGUAUUCAUUGUGCACAUGAGCCCUGUGAGUAAGGUGUUUGGGUUUGUUUCCAGGGUUUGGUACAAUUUUAAAAAUUAGAUGGAUUGCUUACUGUGACUAACACUUGUAACAGUGGCUGCUCAGUGAGCCCUGCACUGGUCACAAUGACUUCUGGACUAUCAAGCUUAGACUGGUCUCAACUGUGUCCAAGAUUAGUCUGACACUGUGAUGGGGGACCAGGAUCGGCUACUCACUCUUGGACCUCUGUGAUGUAGUAUGUCUCACACAGCAGGGACCCAAGCUGACCCCAUCUGACACUGAUUCAUUGUGCUAGAUUACACCUGGCAGUCUAGGACUUCAACACAUCUCACUGAAUACAAUAUGUCUUACUUACUUGACUUCUCCUACUAGUGGUUGGUUUGUCUUUCACAUACAGUUAACUGCGGUUAUAACGAAUUUUCACUGUGCAUGAAAACUUUUUUUUAUUAUUUUUAAUCUAAAAAUUUUUUAAAUCCGUACCAUUCAGCUUGGUAAAAUGGAUAUCGCACUAACAAAAUAGUAAGUUUCAUUAAUAUUUGUCAGAACUACUUUGGGUCCAAAUGAAAUUUCCAGGCAGCGACUACUCAAUAACAUCACAAAUAAGCAAAACACAUAAUGUGUAUCACCUAAAGAUACACUUUCAGGAAAUUCUGGAAAAAUAUUUUGACUCUGUUACCAAAUGUGUUUUUUCCACAUUUUGCUGUUGAAGUGCAUAGGAUGGGUGGGCAGAUGGGUAAAGUGUUUUCUCUUCACGCCGAGCACCCAGGUUCAAUUUUCUUUCAUGGAUACACUGUGUCCGGCGCCAAGGUGAGCUGGCUACAGUAUUUCUGGAUGAAGCACAUUUUGGCGUCUCUUCAGGCAAGUGACUUUGUUAGAAAUUUGUCUCUGUUCACCCAGCUAUGAAUGGGUACCCGGUAGGAUGAGGUGGCAAUGGUUAACCUGCUAGUGCCUCAUGGGCAGCUUGGGUUGUAUACUCCCCAGGAAGCUGAGAAUGAAAAUAGUGUGCACACUGAUUCAUUGACUGGGGUAAUAAUGUCGCAAAAGAGCAUGAUUUAGGGCGCAGAUUUGGUGCGUUAUAAAUACCGUAUUCAUAUUAAUAAUGAUUAAAUAUGUGCAUUAUUAUUAUGGCAUAGUAUCCAGCUUCACUCCUUCAGUGCAGUGGUUAAAGCAUUUGUUUGUCACGUGGAAGACCCGGGUUUGAUUCCCGACAUGGGUACAAUGUGUGAAGCCCAUUUCUGGUGUCCCCUGCCGUGAUAUUGCUGGAAUAUUGCUAAAAGUGGCAUAAAACCAUAAUCACUCACUCACUCACUCACUCACUGCUGUAGGUGAAAUGUGGUAUGAGGUAUCUGUGUCCUAUGAUAGUAUCAUAAACUGAGCCAUUCAGUCUUCUCCGCAAUCAUACAUUCCUGUAACCUCCGUCCAAUGGCAAUACAUCAUUGUCUGUUCGUGAAAUACUGUCUGUGAUAUGUUUAUAUGAAAUGAAAGCUAUUAGAAAUAAAAACUUUUGAAAUAGAUA